GGUCGUAUGCUUCCCUGCUUCCUGUCAAUCACCUGGUUAACGUGCAUGUCUGUCAGUCUCAGUCACGACACGGUGUGUCGGUGACCUGAGUGUCCAUCACGGUGGACUGACAAACGGAGACUACUGAAUCCUGGGAUUGCUCUGGCGAAGGCCUUCAUAGUCUGACUGUAGCAGUACAGACCAUUGUAGAUGGCAGUCAGUAAUGGAAAAGAUCCUGCAGGCCUAUUUUAUGGGUUUAUGGAUACUGUAUCAUUUAUGUAGAGGUCUUUAGGAAUCAUCUGUUGAGGAGUUAGACCCAGAGAAUCAGUCUGACAGAUAGUUGUUGUGAUAUCAGCGCCGACUGAUACUAAUUACUAGAGAUCAGCGGUGAGUUUCCCAAAAACAUAAAGAUCAUAUUGGCAAAAUGGCAUAAAAUCAUAAUUUUUCUAUUUCUUAUGAAUGGACUUAAGAUGAUCUUUAGUGAUAAAUAUGAUAUUCAUGUUUUUGGGAAAGUCACCUCUGAUCUGUUGAGAUUAGACAUUACAUGAUACAGUAUCAUGGUUUCGCCAAAGCAUCCAAGUGAAGGAAUUGUAUUAAACAUCAAAUGACCUUGACUUGAAAUUGAUGCRGAGUGAAAACGUAAUCUAAAUUACAAAUGACAAAAUGAUAUAUACUGUAUAUAUUUACUCUGGGUAUAUAUCGUGACCUGUGUGUAUGUGUGCACUUACUAAGGUAAUGGUUUAAUAGAAGGAUAAGUUGAUGAUAAGUUUUGCUGUUUUGUUGAGUUAGUUCAAAUACUGUUCCUGCACAAUACCAUAUCCCUUAUCAUUAAUCACUGUAUUGCAAAAGAUGUUGAUAUGAAAUAUCAAGGUAUUAUCUGUUCCUSAAGUGUUACAGUAAUAAUGAAUGAAGUGAUAUUUACCUACAGUAAUAUUUCCCAUAAUACGCAUUAUCCCCCAAAAUGAUCUUACUGAAGAAUUGUUAUGGUUUUGAAGGUUGCCGGUUCUGCUGUUCCAUUUGAGGUGUUUAUCGCUGCACUCCCAACCUCUCACAGUUUCAAACCGCAGCGAGUUUCCAAUGUGAGAGUGAAAUGGUGUAAAGAGCUGAAGGAAAAGUGUCCCUUGGGUGCUGGUCCAGGAUCAGYUUGACCURUUCACAUUCUUACUGAAAUKAUUUAAAUCACACUAGRGAACUGAGCCUGGAUCUGUGCACAGGGUUCACUUGAUUCCAAUCAAAUUAACUGAGMCCAUAAAAGCAGAGAGAGGGGCAUAGGCGUUGUGACUCUGAGUUUAUGGAGGUGCAUGACCUCACUUGAUUCCUGACCCUUGUUCCAUUCUCUCGACAACCUUUUCACCCAAUCGAUUGGUCAAUCGAUAUGGCUUUUUACMUGCUUCUCUAUGCUUAUAAACUCUCUUUUUCCAUAGAGCUCUUGUCAGAUUCAGAAGAAUUGCCCGAUGAUGAGACUGUCCCAGGGGGGCAGUCCGAGCUGACCGGACUAUUUGUAGAGAGGCCAGAGAGCACKACAGUAAUCAAAGGGAAGAACGUCACSUUUGUGGCUAAAGUGGACUCAUCUGACCUGCUGAGGAAGCCCAACAUGAAAUGGCUGAAAGGGAAGUGGCUGGACCUGGGCAGCAAGGCUGGCAAGCACGUGCAGUUUAAAGAGGCCUAUGACAGGAACUCCAAGGUCUACACAUAUGAGAUGAGCAUCAUCAAAGUAGUGGAAGGAGACGCAGGUGGCUACCGCUGUGAGGUCACCUCCAAAGACAAGUGUGACAGCUGUACAUUUGAAGUCACGGUGGAAGCCGUACAAGAGGAGCAGCCCGCCAACAUCCUGGAUGCCUUCAAGCGAUCGGGAGAUGCAGGAGAGGAUGCAGGUGACCUGGACUUCAGUGCCCUCCUCAAAAAAAGGGAAAAAAAGGCGAGGGACGAGCCCAAAGAGGAUGUGGAUGUGUGGGAGAUCCUGAAGGAUGCUAAGCCAUGUGACUAUGAGAAGAUUGCCUUUGACUACGGCAUCACAGACCUCAGGGGCCUGCUCAAGAGACUGAAGAAGAUGAAGAAGGUGGAACCCAAGAAGAGUGACGCCUUCCUGAAGAAGCUAGAGCAAUGUUACUCUGUGGACAAGGGCAAGAGGACCCAGAUGCAUGUUGAGCUCCAUGACCCCAACGUUCAGGUCAAGUGGCUGAAGAACGGAGUGGAGAUCAAACCCUCUGCCAAGUAUGUGUUUGAGUGCGUGGGCAACAAACGGACACUCACCAUCAACAAGUGCAACCUGUCUGACGAUGCAGCCUAUGAGUGUGUGGUGGGAGAGGAGAAGAGCUUCACUGAAGUCUUUGUCAAAGAGCCCCCGGUCACCAUCACCAAGCUGCUGGAUGAUGUGCAUGUAGUGGUGGGAGAGAAGGUGGAGUUUGAGUGUGAGGUGUCAGAGGAAGGAGCCAACGUCAAAUGGAUGAAAGAUGGAGUUGAGCUGACCAAGGAUGGGAAGUACAGGAUAAAGAAGGAUGGGAAGAAACACACUCUGGUCAUCAAUGAAGCAASCAUAGAGGACAUCGGAAUGUACUAUGUUUACACUAACGGGGGAGAAUCCAAAGGAGAACUGGAAGUGGAAGCCAAGGAGCUGGAGGUUCUGCAGAGUAUAGCUGACCUGUCGGUGAARGCGUGUGAACAGGCCAUGUUCAAGUGUGAGGUGUCUGAUGAGAAGGUGGUGGGCAAGUGGUUCAAGGACGGUGURGAGGUCAAACCCGGCAACCGCAUCAAGAUGUCACACAUCGGAAGGAUCCACAAGCUGACGAUUGAUGACGUGAAGCCGCAGGACGAAGGAAACUACACCUUUGUCCCUGAAGGAUACGCACUCUCCCUCUCCGCUAAACUCAACUUCAUUGAAAUCAAGAUCGAAUAUGUUCCACGCCAAGACCCUCCCAAAAUCCACCUGGACACCAGUAGCACGGGCAGCAAGAACACCAUUGUUGUGGUGGCUGGCAACAAGCUCCGCCUUGAUGUGGAGAUCACAGGAGAGCCUGUCCCCACUGUGUGCUGGAUGAAAGGAGACACUGUGAUAUCGGAGGCGGAGGGCAGAGUGAGGGUGGAGACCAGGACCACUCUGAGCAGCUUUGUCAUUGAGGGGGCGGAGAGGCCAGACGAAGGCCAGUACUCCAUCAUAGUGACCAACCCAGCCGGAGAGGACAGGGCUGAGCUCACCGUCAAGAUUGUUGAUGUGCCUAACCCUCCAGAGAACGUCAGAUGUAUGGGAGUUGGCGAGGACACAGCCACCAUUACAUGGGAUCCCCCCAAAUUUGACGGGGGUGCGCCCAUCAAAGGCUACCUGAUGGAGAGGAAGAAGCAGGGUUCCUCCAGGUGGACCAAGCUGAACUUUGAGGUGUUUGAGUCAACCACRUACGAGGCUAAGAAGAUGAUUGAGGGUGUUUUUUAUGAGAUGAGAGUGUUUGCUGUCAACGGGAUCGGGAUCUCCCAGCCCAGCGGCAACUCAAAGCCCUUCAUGCCCAUAGCCCCUACCAGUGAGCCCACUCGUCUGACGGUGGAGGAUGUGACAGACAGCACCUGUGCCCUGAAGUGGCGUCCUCCAGAGAGGGUUGGAGCAGGGGGCGUUGAYGGGUACAUAAUCGAGUGGUGCAAAGAAGGAGAGGAUAACUGGGUGGCAGCCAAUAAGGAGCCAGUGGACAAGAACACGUACYGUGUGAAGGGGCUGCCAACAGGAGAGAAGCUCUUGUUCAGAGUGGUGGCUAUGAACAUCGCUGGACGCAGCCCCCCCUGCACCAUGAAACAGUCUGUCACCAUCAGAGAGAUCAUGGAGUACCCAAAGAUCCGCCUGCCUCGUCAGCUAAGAACCAAGUUCAUCAGGAAAGUGGGAGAGAAGAUCAACCUGGUCAUCCCAUUCCAGGGGAAGCCUCGCCCCGUGGUCAACUGGUUGAAAGACGGUGAGCCCCUGGAGAAUAAGUCGGUGGGCAUCCGCACCAGUGACUUUGACACCAUCCUGUUCAUCCGCUCSGCAGAAAGGGACCACUCUGGGACGUACACCCUGUCUGUCCAGAUAGACAACAUGCAGGACAAGGCUGACAUACACAUCCAGAUCGUAGACAAGCCAGGUCCUCCUAUAAAUGUGAUGGUAACAGAGGUGUGGGGCUUCAACGCUGCUCUGGAGUGGAAGCCCCCCAAAGACACAGGCAACACUGAUAUUACCGGCUACACCAUCCAGAAGGCUGAAAAGAAGACCCAGGGUUGGUUCACAGUGUAUGAGCACAACCGCCGGCCCAGCUGCACAGCGUCUGACCUGGUCAUGGGGAACGAGUACUCCUUCCGUGUGUUCAGUGAGAACAUCUGUGGCUUGAGCGAUGAGGUGGCCUUCAGCAAGAACACUGCCAUCAUAGGCAAAACCGAUCUGGAGUAGCAACAAACCAGCCUUCAAAGAGAAGGACAUGAGCAGCUCCCGCUAAGAUAGUGUGGAUGAAGAACAAGAUGAUCAUUGGGGAGGAUCCUAAGUUCUUGAUGCAGAACAACCAGGGGGUGUUGACCCUGAACAUCAGGAAGCCCGGCCAGUUUGACGGGGGCAAGUACUCCUGCAAGGCCAUCAACAACCUGGGGGAGGACGAGGUGGAGUGCAGGGUGGAAGUCCGAGUCUUAAAGGAGAAGAAAGAAGGAGACGAGGAGA